AUGAAUUCGGAGACUUCGUCAUCCUUGUCCGAUGCCUCCCUGCCGAUUAUCAACAAAACUCUUCCACCGAUGUACUUCACUGGAAUGUCCUCCAGGAACCCUUUGUUGAAUAGCCAUCCGGUCGCGGGAGAAUCACUUCCAUCUGAAGUCAAGGAAGCUUCUAGCGUUCUCCCUUUGGAGUUGAUAGCAUCGCGAUCUGAAGCUGUCAUCUCGAUCCCUCACCAUACCCAAAUGGCUAGCGACAUAAUUAUCAAGAAACCAGAGAGACUUAAUGAAAACAUCACUUCAAUCAAUGCAUCAACAAUUCAUAAAUUUGAUCCCUUUGAAGAUCGGCCCAGUUACCACCCACGAAGCUCAGUUCUCACUUCUGCUCGACCUACAGGAGAUCAUGAUGACGAAGAAGCACCAUCUGGUAGAGCAAAACCCCGUAGCUCUCGCACUUUUGAGGAUACCCGCAACGUCGAUCCAUUAUCAGAAUCAUAUCUACCGCCUUUCCCACCUCCUCAGACUACGAACGAUGGGAGGCGUGAUAUCUUGAUAGGCACAUCGACUUUCCCACCCAUCCUAGGAUUCACGGGCACCAAUAUUAUAUACGCAGACUAUAGACUCAGUCCUCCGAUGAUGUGUCACGAUGUAGGAAGGUUUCAUCAAGAAUCUGACCGUUCCGAAGCUCAACAUACACUUUAUACUCCCGACAUUGGAACGAGCUCUAGGACAUCGACUCGCGAUUCCAAUGUAGACCAUCCUGGAUGUGAAAGCUCGGAUUCAGAUAGCAUUGAUGACAAGAUGAUCGGGAUUGCGGGGGAGUCAAAGGCUGUAACAAAAGACGAGGUAUCAUUGUUUUCGUCCGAUAAAGUGCCUCAAAAAGCAAUUCCAUCAUCAAAGGCAAUCUGGAAAUCUUCGAGCACCUACAAAGAUUUGGACGUUUCAGAAGGAGAGGAAGCCGAUGUAGAUGAGCCUAGUUCAUCACACAAUCGAUUUAUCAAGAAGCGAAAAUGCUCAGAUUCACUUGUGACGUUGAUGUCAAGAUUAUCAAAUACGACACUGAGCAUUCGUCCAACCAUGGUGGUUUACGACUCUAAAGUAAAGCGGUCAUCAUUAGCUAGAAUGCGCUUGUCAGUAAAACGACCUGUAUCGGAUGAAAAGUCUGAUGAGUUUGUCAAAAGGGUUAGAUUGGUGAAUGGCUUAAAUCACAAGAAAUGA